AUGGCGUGGAGAUUCAAAGCCAGCAAAUAUAAGAAUGCAGCACCCAUCAUUCCAAAGCCUGAAAACUAUGUCCGGGACAUUUGUGUGGGGUCCUACCAGACUUAUGGAAACAAUAUUACUGCUUCUGCGAAGUUUAUGGCAUUCAAUUGGGAUCACACUGGCUCUAGUCUUGCUGUUUUACCUCUGGAUGAUUCUGGAAGAAAAAGCAAACUCAUGCCUCUGCUCCAUGGACAUUCAGAUACAGUCACUGAUAUGGACUUUUCCCCAUUUCAUGAUGGACUUCUGGCUACAGGUUCUCAAGACUGCUUAGUCAAAAUCUGGAAUAUACCUAAAGAAGGAUUACAGGAGUCCCUUAGCAAUGCAGAAUGUACUUUUUCUCAUAAACAACGCAGAGUAGAAACUGUUGGUUUUCAUCCAACUGCAGAUUUUCUCUUACAUUCCACUUCUUUCACCACUUUAACAUUGUGGGACUUGAUCUCAGAACAGGAAUUUUUUUCAAACACAGACCAUAGUGAAGUUAUACAGUCUGUCAGUUGGAAACUAGAUGGAACUUUGCUGGCUACUUCUGCAAAAGAUAAACAGGUACGCAUUCUGGAUCCAAGAAUAGAACAAUCCUGUACAAAAACCACAAAUUCUCAUCCAGGAAUCAAAGAUUCUCGAGUAGUUUGGCUUGGAGAACAGAACAGAAUCCUCACAACAGGAUUUGAUGCUCAAAGACUCAGACAGAUCAUCAUAAGAGAUCUGAGAAACUUUGGAGAACCUGAAAAAACACUGGAACUUGACUGUUCUACUGGUAUUCUGAUCCCCUUAUAUGAUGCUGACACAGGCAUGUUAUUCUUAGCAGGAAAGGGAGAUACAACAAUUGGUUACAUGGAAGUAACUGACAAAGAACCAUACCUUAUAGAAGGUAUUAGACAUUCAGGAGAGCAAACCAAAGGGGCCUGUUUGGUACCAAAAAGAGCCCUACAUGUGAUGCAGGGAGAAGUGAAUCGAGUUUUACAAUUAACUAGUUCUUCUGUAAUUCCUAUUAUGUACCAAGUGCCAAGAAAAACUUAUAGGGACUUCCAUGCAGAUCUUUAUCCAGAUAGUCCUGGAUGUAAAACAGAACUGACAGCUUUUAUGUGGUCUAAUGGGAAAAAUAUGACCUUGCCAAAAAUCAGUCUGGACCCCUCAAAGCGUGAAGAUGGAGAAGAACCUAUUGUGAUACAUCAUGGAUCUUUGAAAGAGUUUCAAGAAGAAUUCCAGAAUGAAAAGAAGGAUGAGCCCAAAUCGGAUUUUGUGCCAAAGGUUACAGAAACCUUAGCUAAAAAUACAUAUCAUCCUGUUAGAGAUAUUGUCAAGGAUAUAGAAAAGGAAAAGUCUGAGGAUGAAAAACAUAAUCCUGGUUUUAGAACUGUUGAAAUUGAGGUUGAAAAGCCGAGAUUGGGCCCCAAGCCGUUCACAGCCCCCAACUUGACCGACACCGACAACGCGUUCCACAGGGUGUUCUCGGUGCCUGCGGUGCCAGGCCAAAACGGCUUUUCCGCGGACAAGCCGUCGACCCCCUCGGAAGAAGCCCCGACGGAAAACAAGGAUAAGUCUCCCCUGAUCGAAGCGCCGCCCAAGACCGAUCCGGAAAACGGGAAAUCGGGCUCUAGCGGCGAAGACGAGAACAGUGGCGAUUCGGGCUAUAUUCCCAGAACGCCCAGUACGGCGGAGCGCAGGAAGUUGUUCGAGACGCGGUCGAAUUCCAAAGAGAACGAGUCCGAGGAGAAUUUGGAUUCGGUCGAUUUCGAAAGGGGAUCCUUGCAGAGGGCCAGUAUAGCGGAAAGAAGGAAAAUGUACGAGAGCAGAUCUGUUUCUGUGCAAGAACAAGGUGCAGAGAAAAAAGAAGGUUCUCCAGUCAUGUUACGGCGAAAAGACUCGCUCAAGAAUAGGAAGAACGCCGAGGACGUCCUCAGGGAAGACAAUUACAGAAAGAGCGUGCCGAUUUCCAAGCAACAAUCCAUGGAACCGAUCGGAAUGAGAAAAAGCGAAGUUUCCAUGCCUACGCCGAAAAGGACUUCUACAGUUUUUGGUCGAGUAUCAAAGUUCCGACAUUUGAAAGGGACUCCUCUGCACAAGUCCUUCCACAUUGAAAAUGUUCGGAAUUUGAGCAGACAAAUCUCUGGAGAGUGUGACGGCUUCCAUGCGAAUCCUGAGCGCGUGGCGGUCCCUUUGAGCGGCCCCGGCGGCAAGAUAGCCGUCUUCGAGCUGUCCAACACCGGCAAACUGCCGGACGGCGUCAUCCCAGCCCUGGUGCACGGCACCAACGUGUUGGACUUCGCUUGGGACCCGUUCGACGACCGCCGGCUGGCGGUGGCGUGCGACGACGGCCUGGUGCGGCUGUGGCGCGUGCCCGCCGGCGGUCUCGUCGAGCCGACGAACGAGCCAGAGCGGGAGUUCGUCGCGCACUCGGACAAGAUCUACUUCUUGAAGUUCCAUCCGACGGCUCGGGACGUUCUGGCGACAGGUUCCUACGAUAUGACCGUCAAGUUGUGGGACCUUGUCGACCUCACCGCCAAAAUCACGCUGUCGGGCCACACCGAUCACAUGCUGAGCGCGGCGUGGUCGCCGUGCGGCUUCUAUCUGGCCACCGUCAGCAAGGACAGCAAGAUACGGGUGUACAGGCCACGAGACAGCGACACGCCCCUGGUAGAAGGCAAGGGGCCGGAGGGGAACAGGGGGGCUCGCAUCGUGUGGGCGCUAGACGGAAGGUUUUUGGUCGUCACCGGUUUCGAUAAAGUAUCAGAGAGGCAGAUCAGCGCUUACAGGUCAGAAGAUUUGGGAAUACUCAACACAGUGGGAUUGGACGUUUCGCCUGCCAUUUUGAUGACCUUCUACGAUGAGGGUAGUUCCACCCUAUUUGCUACUGGAAAGGGCGAUUCGACGAUCUACGCUUUCGAAAUCACGGAAGAGGCCCCCUACAUCUGCCCUCUGAGCCACCAUCGGUGCUCCAGUCUGCACCAAGGUCUGUCCUUCCUGCCCAAAAACGCCUGCGACGUGUCCAACGUGGAAUUCGCCAAGGCCUUCAGGCUCACCAACAACUCCAUCGAACCACUGUCUUUCACGGUACCCAGGAUUAAGACCGAAUUAUUCCAAGACGACCUUUUCCCACCAACAAGGGUGACCUGGAAACCUACCAUGACAAGUUCCGAAUGGUUUGGCGGAAAAGAGGCGCUGCCUCAGAGGAUAAGUUUGCAGCCAGAAGGAAUGGAUGCACUGUCGGAGGCUCAGGGUCAACCAAACAGCACCAGUGAAAGAACAAUUAACAAAUCAGCCUCCACGCCUUUCAUAGGUGGCGCCUCAAAGGUCGGUUGGGACGUGGAACUUUCUGAACAAACUAAAAACAAACAGGAAGAGCUGAAGAAAUCUGUCAGCAACAAACUGGAGGUAAACAUGUCAUUGGAGCAAGACGACAUGGAAGGCGUAGACGAAAAUGAAUGGAACGAAUGA